UUCAACAAAACUCAUCCUCAACCUACCAUGUCCUGGUGAGCAAAGAGAGUGUCAUAUUUUUAUCAGUGACGUUAGAGACAAUAUACUGUUGUUUCUAUUUUACUUUUCACAGAGCGCUGUGUUGCUGAUGGAGCUGUCCAUGGUAUCGUCCACACAGUGCAGUGAACCACCAGCAGAGGGAGCCCAGAUCCUGACAUUGGAGUAUGACUCAACACAUAAAGAACAAAAUAGGAGAAUUCAGAAGCGCCACGAGCAGAUGAGAGGACGUCAUGACGGAGAGAUGGACUCUAAUGGGGUUUCUCAUCGACAAGAUCGGAUUAUGGGAUUUUGAAAGAAAACUGAGAAAUGUCUCACAAACAACAUCCAUGUGAUUAAAACCUGAGUAGAAGACAGAUGAUUUGCCAAGAUAUAUCUACACUAAUUGACUUUCCCAAGCACUUCAUGGAGCUAUAAACUCAGAAAAUGAGUGAUCAACGAGAGCCUCUGUUUCCUGGGGAGGUGGGGAACAACAACCAUCAAGUGGGGCCCAGAGACAGCGCAGGCGAUGCAAAUGCUAAUGACAUCCAAAAAAACGAUGCAACCAGGACUGGAGAUACGAUGGCUUUGUUGAAGUCUACCAGCGCUGCGCAGCAAAGACUCAAUAUUUAUGAAGAGAACUCCCUUUGCGAGGACUUGGAGUUGGCUGAGUUUGAAAUGUUGGAGUGUCAAGAACUUGAGGACGGAGAAGAUUUUGUCGGACUGACGGAACGCAAAGAACGUCCGAAGCAGCUGGAUUCAAUAAGCAAUACAACAGCACAAGCAGCGAGUAACAAAGAUGAAAAGUCACACGCACAAUCAGAAAUAAGCUCAGAAACAGACAUCUACUUGACGUGUCUGUCCACAAUCUCAGCCUUAGAAACUGCUGGGAGGACGACUGAAUCCUGGCAUGUCCCGAAUACGAUUUCAGAUGACGUGACUCUAGCUUCUGUAUCCGAAAAGACCAAACUUUCCCAGCACCACAACUCUGCAAAAAGUACAAUGCAAGCUAAAGAUGUGGGCAUGAAUUUGAACACAGCGAUGCAUCCUAAAGCACAAAUGAGCAACGGGGAGAUUCAGGAGAACAAAACUGGCGGUUGUCGAAACAAUAAUGAAAGCGAUAGAAGAAAAGAGCUACAAACUCAUCUAAAAAGCUUGGAAAAUCACAGUAAAAUGGACAAAGGGACACAAGCCAAUGAAACGCCAGCAGUUCAGCGCUACAGCACAAGUCCCGCCAAAACUGGGAUAAGACGAAGUCAAUCCUCACUGGAACCAAAAGCCACCAAUAAGCAAAGCACUUAUAAUGACGCACUGAAGAAACAAAACUCUUUCAGCUACGGGUUCAGGAAGCAGCCUUCGUUUGAGAACUCCAUGAAGAAGCCGCCGUCCUUUGAUAACAGCAUCAAAAGGAUUGGCUCUUUGGAAAACACAGCUGUCUCGAGUAAUUCAAGUUUGGAGCGGAGGAAGCCAUGGGGGAGCCCAAGUCGCAAUGCAGCAGCGAAUACAACGAGAAAUGCGUCGUGUUCACCGAGAAGAAGGCCCUCGCCCAACUCACCAGCCAAAGUUCAAAGCGUCAGAGCCCCAAGUCUAGAACGCAGCGAAUCGCCUCUAAAUCAGAUGGUCAAACUGCCCAAGACUUGCCCCAACACUAGCCUCCCCAAAGCGCUCGCAGCUCCACAGAAAGAAGAACCCAAGAAAAACGUGCGGCCCAAGAUCAUCACCUACGUGCGCAAGAGUCCUCAAGUCAAACCAGACCUGCCCAACUACGGAGCACCAGCAAAGGCUACACCAGCGGUCACGUCCUCCAACAUUCUCUUUGAUAAAUACAGACAGGAGAUCCAAAAGACGGGCUUCUACCCACCAGGGAUGAACAAGGCUGGAGCAGGAGCCGCAGCAAAUCGCCUGGGCAGCAAGUCGGGCAGUUUUCAUGAAGAUGAAUGCAAUCAAGAGAAUGUUUCCCAGGAUGGCAGCAGCAGUGUGUACCGCUCCCCCAGAGCUCUCAGGCCUCAGCUCGGGUUAGGAGCCCGACAGCCGACUGCCAAGACCAGAGUCCAGCAGGCUGCUCAGAGACACAAUGCAGCGACGCAAGACUGCCAUGAGGCGACAGAUCAGAGGCGGUCAGGAGCAGACAGCAGCCCCAAGCCCAUGGUGCUGAAGCCGGGUCAGUCUGGUCUGCGUCCCCCUGGCUUCUCAGCUCUGCCCCCGUCCCGACUCGCCGCUUUCGGCUUCACUCGCAGCUCCAGCGUCUCCUCUGUGUCCAGUAACCAGUCCAGUGAAAGCUGCCACAGCGACGCCCUCAGACCCUCUCAGCACCCAGGCAGUGGCAGUGAUGACGCCCCUCACCACAAAGCCACAGCGCCCCCUGCUGACUCCGCCCAUGCAGCAGGACGUCCCCAUCCUCCCAAUGCCCCCAGCCUCCAGCGGCGCUCCCUGCCCUCUCAGCGCAGCUCCCCUCUACCGUCCAAAAGAGAGGAGCCUGAGGCGGUGCUGCCAUCCAAGGCCUCCCCAAAGAGAUUUGCAAUGAUUUCACCCAAACCCCAGUCUCCCAUGCGAGCUCGGACAAUGGUGGUGCACGGCUCCCUGCGCUCUCAGGACACAGACAGACAGCUGAUGGAGCAGCUCCAGCGGCGCUGUGAGCAGCAGGCUCUGCAGCUGCAGACUCUACAGGCUCAGCUGCACAAGGCCUCCCUGUGCCUGGACGUGUUCACCAUCACCACACAGCACUUCUGCCACAAGAGUGAGAGCGCUGUCGUGAAGGAGCGGGAGCUGGCUCUGGAGCUGGACAGACUCAGGGAUGAAGUGGCGUUCAGCGUGGCGCACUGGGAGCAGCUGCAGCAGGAGAAGGAGGACGUGGAGCGGAGCUUUGAGGCCGAGCUGGAGGGUCUGCGGGAGCAGCAGCAGAGAGAGCUGGGGGCUCUGGAGGACAGACUGAACCUGUCUCAUUCACAGGAGACACAGAGACUCCAGGAGGAGCAGAGACAAGAGCUCCAGGAGCUGCAGCACAGGCAGCAGCAGCAGAUUGAGGAGAUGAGUGAGAAUCAUGAAGCGUCUCUGAUGGAGAUGGAGUCUUCUCACAGUGACACUCUGGCCACGCUACAGGAGGAGCACACCAGGACUGUCAAGAAUCUGAAGAUGGCCCAUGAGCAGCAGAGAAAGUCUCUGGAAGAGGAGUUUGAGAAGAUCAGGCUGUCCCUGCAGGACCAGGUGGACACACUGACAUUUCAGAACCGCAGUCUAAGAGACAGAGCCAAACGCUUUGAGGAGGCUCUGCGCAGAAGUACAGAUGAACAGAUCGUGGAUGCCUUAGCCCCAUAUAAACACAUAGAGGAAGACCUGAAGAGUCUGAAGGAAGUUCUGGAGAUGAAGAACCAACAGAUCCAUCAACAGGAACUGAAGAUCACAGAGCUGGAGAAACUACAGGCUGAAAAGAACGUGUAUCUGGAGGAGAGGCUGCAGGUUCUCCAGCAGCAGAACGAGGACCUGAAGGAACGCAUUGACAAGAACCUCGCUGUCUCCAGACAACUGUCGGAGGAGAAUGCCAACCUGCAGGUGCAUGUAGAGCAGGAGAGCAAGGAGAAGAAGCGUCUGAGUCGCACUAAUGAGGAGCUGUUGUGGAGGCUGCAGACGGGAGAGCUGAGCCCCAGCAUGUCCCCCUCCUCCUCCCCCCUGCACCGGGCCUCUCCUGCCCCAGGAUCCCCUGCUCGCCCACACUCCUACCACCAGUGAUCACCAAAGACUCCAAUCUUCAUCUGACAUUUCACUCCAGCCAUGUUAAAAGGGAAUCACCAAACCAGUGAAGCCAGUGCCUCAUCUGCUGUAAUUGUAUCCAUCCACAUGGAACAUUUGGACCAACGCUCAGGAUCAUGGAGCAGGAGACAGAGAAGAAGCCUUUGGUUGUGCGUUUUCUCCACCAGCAGCGUCUGGCACAGCCUAAAACUACCUACUGCACAUGGACAUGAGACACUGGACAUGAGGACACUGUGAGUGUCACAAACACUGGACACAUGUAGCCUCUGUCUCUCUCUGCGUACUGUCCUACUGCCGUACUGUCAAACUCUAAACUCCACAUGGUCACAAGGUCCCACUGUCUGAGUCUGUCAGAUACUUUGGGCUGUGGACUCUGCUUCUUUUCGUAGAGAACUGUAGAAAUCCUCAUGCUUGGCAUGAUCUGUCUUCCAGCAAAUGCCUCUUACUCUUUACGCAGGGAAAGAACAGAAGUGCUACUUUCAUAGAGUAGAAGAUAGAAAGUCAUUAGCUGACCUACAGUAGACACUAUUAUAAUACCUGAUAUACAGUAGUCUUUUACAGUACCCCGUCUGUUCAGCAUCAGCAUGAGGAGAGAUCAGCUAAAAUACUAUACAUAAAAAACAGCAUUUCGUUCUGGAUUUUUGCAACAAAACAUAAUUUACUGUUAUUUUCUACAAAUGUAAACUCAGCCCCAGACUCCAUUCACACUGUAAAUAAAUGUGAAUGAAACUGUAAAAAGAAUAGAUAAUUUGGACUAAACUAAAGGCAUGAUGGUUGCUUGCUCUUACCUCAGUACCAUGACCAAGUCAUCUCAGGUGUCAAGAACCAUACAAUAGAAUACGACUUUUAUUUAUUUUAUUCUUUGAGUUUACAUAACUUCUAACUGUGCAAAAUAGCGAGUAUAUAUGUAACAAUCAUCAAAUGAAUCUAAAUGUCCUGGGCAGAAUGUACUGUAAAGUAUGAGGCUGUGGUGGGCUGUCUGUGUCCUGUGGACAUGACACACUCUCUCCAUCUUUACUUUAUCUUCACUAAAUGACAACUUUGUUUACAAGUGUUAAUGUCACUGUUGUUUACUUGUUUACAAGACUUGAGUUGUAAAGAUUGUAUUCAGACUCAGAUAUGUUUAAGAGAACGCAUGUCUUUAUGACGUCAUGUGCAUUCUUCGAUUAUUGUUGUAGUGUAUAUUUAUUUAUUUAUUUGUCCUGCAGAAAUGCAGCUGUAGCUCAACUGGCUUUUUUAAUGUGCCCAUUAAGACGUAAUGUCUGUAGUGUCAUUGUUGCACUGUAUUUAAGUAUUAAAUCACAAACUACAUGGACAUUUUCGUCUGCAGGUGUUUUUUGUUUCCUUUUUUUGUAAUGCAUGAUGAAAAAUACAGUAUUUCUUCUAUGUAAUAUGCAGCAUGUCUGUAGUGUGAACCCAGC